UGCUGUCAUAAUUCCAAGAAAACCGAAGUGGUUUCUCCGAUUGUCAUGGAUAAACCAAUCCCGUUUUCGGAUCCACCACGCCACGGAUUCAAAUUGGCCCCAUCGCCACCAGAAGGAAAAGGUCCGUCUAUUUUGUUUGCAGAUGGUUUGGGACCAGCCGAUUUGCCUUUCUGGAACCUUUUUCCUCCUCCUCCUAUACCUCCUCCUCCUACGAAUUUCUUCUGGCUAGGGAUUAAGGGAUUAGCACAGUUUCAUUGUCCACCCCCCCCCCCCCACGUUCCAACCACUUCUUCUCCAUUCCAUAUGCUGACUUUACCGUUUUUCCUUUUCUUACUACUCCAACCAAUAUCCUCAUUUUUCUUUCCAUCUGGCGGUGGAUCUAACUGUGGGUGCACAUGUACUCCACCACCAUCGACUUGUCCUACUGUAACUCCAUGUGCUCCUAUUAUGACAUGCUCUCCGCCGCCAGUUCAGGCUUGCUGUAACACGUGUGGAACUUGUAAAGGACGACGGAAGAGAAGGCAUUUGAUGCUGAGCAAUGCGACUUAUGUGGCAAGCCAUGAUCCUGCUCGAAGAGUCAAGCGAGAAGACGACACCGAAGCAGCUUCAGACGGCAGAUGCAAUUCCGAAGAACUCCGAAAAAUCAUUGAAAAUAAAAUCGACCGGGUCACCGCCAUCGCCAAACGCCGAAUUCAAGAGGAAGCUGAGUCCACAAUGGGCGGACGCUUCAAUGUGAUCUGUGCGAGAGGAGACUUCUCCUAUGUUGCUAAUACUGAGCUAUACUGUCAACAUUCAGUUGGAGAUGUCACUUGCUUCUUAUUCAAGCAGUUGUCAGAUGUGGUCAGAAGACGUUUAAUGUGA